AAUGAUGUUGGUAAACAAGCGAAAAUAACAGCAACAGCAAGCCUGUACUCUCCGGGCAAACUUUACCAGCAAUCAGUAGUUUCCCACACGGGCGCAUGGAGCAUCCAUCAGCACGAUGCAGUGGAUUUUCCUUGUCGCUCUAAAAACCUAACAAGUGCGGACCACUCGCCGUCGCUCGUAAUCUCUCCAAGGUCAUACACCGAACCGAACUGCGAACCCCAACGAAAGAUGGGGAAAGAUUCUUCAGAGGGCGAAGAUAAGGCCGUUUGCAAGCCGGACAUCUUCCUCAGUCGCUUUCGAGCAUCUCUCGAGCGCGAAAGUCGUGAUCAGCUGCUGCAUCGUGGCCAUCGGUGUCGUGUACAAGAUACAGUCUAUUGGAAAGCAAUGGAAGCCAAGUUGGCCGUUCCGUGGUGCCUCGUGCUGGCCAGUUUGUUUGGUGCGUUGAUAACCGUAACGUCGGCGGAAAAGCUUCAGCUCGUUUACCAGUGGUCACAGCUAAGAUCCAGCGACAGAAAUAAUGCAUCACAGAAUGUACUGUUUUCGGCCAAUGCCGUCCCAUCCGAUGAGGACACAUUCAAUGCGUACGGGAAUCUGCCGAUGGGAGUGACACAUCACAAAGGCUUCCUGUACGUCACGAUACCUCGCCGACGUCCCGGCAUUCCGGCGACGCUGAACGUAAUCGAUAUGUCACGCAAUCCGUCCGUGAACGAACCGACGCUGGAGCCCUACCCUAACACGCUGGUCAACUCACUGCGAAACGAUUUGGCUGCCGAUCCGAAACGCAUCAUCUCGGUCUACCGUACUCAGGUGGAUCGGUGCGAUCGUCUCUGGUUCGUCGAUACGGGGUACCUCGAGUAUCCGGGCGGUGCUGGUCGACAGGUGCAACGGCCCGCUCUGUGGAUCAUCGACUUAACCAUCCAUCGGAGUGUGCGACGGUUCGAAAUACCGGCGGAAAUGGUUGAAUUUGGGUACGGCAUACCGAACAUCGAGGUGGACGUCGAUGAGGCGGACUGUGGCCGGGCGUACGCAUACAUUCCCGACUACGAAUGGCGCCUGUUGUACGUGUACGGGUUGAGCGAAGGGCGGAUGUGGCGGUUCAAGCAUAAUUACUUCUCCUUCGAACCACGGUACGGAGAUUUCAAUAUAGCCGAGCAACAGUUCACCUGGUACGACGGUAUCUUCUCGGUGGCAGUUGGGGGCCGGUGGCAGAACAGUGACAGCACCGAGCGUACCGUGUACCUGCACGCGAUGGCUUCGGUAAGCGAGAUUGCCGUAUCGAACCGGGUUCUGCAGAACGAAACGUUGGCACUGCUCGGUAACGGUGCGUACGGCAGGGAGUUCCAUCAUCUGGGUGCUCGAGGUCCCAACGCGCAGAGUUCGAGCCAUGCGUACGACCCAAAGACCGGCGUACUGUUCUAUGCGGAAAUCAAUCGAAACGCGGUCGGUUGUUGGAACACGAAGAAGCAUUUUACACCCGAAAACCAUGGCAUUGUGCAUCUGGACAAUGAGGAGAUGAUUUAUCCCGCUGAUCUAAGGAUUGACAGCAACGGUGAUCUGUGGGUCAUCUCCAAUCGGCUACCUAUCUGGAUCUACUCCGAGCUAAACCGCACCGACGUGAACUACCGAAUUUGGCGCCAGUCUGCGUCUCGGGCUAUUGCUGGAACGAUCUGCGCAUAGGUACAACACGCAUGGCAAUAAUAAAGAGAGUCUUAGCUAAGUUUGCUCCAUGUAAACAAUA